AUGAUCAUUAUCUCAGCAGUUGAGCUGAACGUCGCUGUCACGGCAGCAAAUGUGCCGUCCUUCAAGGCUAUCUGGCGCAAGCAUGUCAAUGGAACGCUGAAGGGAAACACGAACUCCGUCAAUCUGUCUGAGGAAAGGACCCUCUGGCGGGAGCAGUGCGAAGAUAGCGAUUAUCUGCCACAGCAGAGAGCGAGAGGUGAAUCGGGAUCUGCCGGAUUCCUCGACGAAUAA